AUGCUAUCACGAGAAUACAGUAACCAGGAUAAAGAGUUCCGCUUGAUCAAUGGCUACAGACGAGUAGACCCCAGGCGAGGAGCGGAGUAUAUCUUAGAUAUCGGAAUUAAAGCAUCUCCGGGCAGUAAGCAGGAAAUUAUCAGGUAUUAUUUCUAGUUCUCUAUGUUGCUUACCUUACCACUUCCUAGAAUUGAAGUUGAAAUAUAACUAUCGUUAAGGAAAAGAGAGCUUUAGCAACGACGUCGUUGACAGCAACGAGAACGGCCAAAAAAAAAAAACAGUAAGGUUAGAUUAGCAAAGCAACAACUUUUUACGCGCAUCACGCUUUUUCUUUUUUCUUUUCGGCGUACAUUUCUUUGCCGUGAAACGUCCUAAGUUUACGUUUUAUGAAGUACGUGAACACGAGACAACGAUUUAAUUGUCCUUUUUCUGAAGCCAGAUACAGUCAUUUAGAAUUCAACUCUAGAAAAAUUGGCCAACGUUAAUUUUCACAAAUUGAACGAUGGAAUAAGAGCGAAAAAGUUUGAAGCAGCGCGAAUUCACUUUUUGCGCGACCUUUUCACUGCCCUCGCCGCGUCAUUGAUGCUAAAGCUCCCUAUUCUAUAUAAGACAAGGACGACUGCGAGAACGAGAUUUUUUCAAUACUAAGUAGUACGCGCGCGUGAAGAGGCGUCAUUUUGGCGGGAAAACGUAAUAGCCUUCAUUCUACUGCGGCGGGUUUUAAGGCUGAAUGUCGUAGUGCCGGAACAAGUUAACAAAUCGUUGAAAAUCCAUCAUUUUGCAAUCGGGGGAGGGCUUAAACUCCUCAGUAAAAAUACCUGUCUGAGCUUUCCUGGUGAAAAAAGGAAAAUGAAGCUUCUAGGGGUAUCUUUUUUUGUUACAAAAAACCGUCGUCCUCGAAUCUAACGGUGUCUGUCACAUAAAACCACUGCACGGCCACGUUAAUUACCAAUAACCUAGCUUCAUACAAUUCCUCCCUCUAUGAUACUGACACCUGUCUAUUAACCCUUUAAGCCCCAAUAUCCACAUACAAAUUCUCCAAACUGAUCUCCAUACAUUUCCUUCAAGAAUUAGUUGAGAGAAUUUGGUAGAAGAUCAUGGCAUUUUCUAUUUGGGAUCAUUUUAUUAAUUCUCAUAAUUUUAUCUCUUGACAAUGUAUGGCUUCUGUUAGGAGAAAAUUGUUGUUGGUCACUAUUAGCACUUAGAGGGUUAAGGGCACUUCUCUAGGUCCUACAGAUGGCAUACCACAAUCUCCACCUCUGCAAUAUGGACAUCUUAAGCAGCCGUUCUAGUUUUGGGUCAUCAAGCAACGCUCUCAGUGUUGUGUGACGGCAAAAAGAACUGCUGCGUUGGAAACCCAUUACGCUGUUAGUAUUAACUAGGUUUGUCUGUAUUAUAGAUUUGCAACACGGUGACAAGGCGGCCAUGUUUGUGGCAGGAGCCCAUAAUUGGGAGCGUGCAACUCCCAUAAUUAGCCUAUGCAAUGGCGUUUCCACAGAUCAAGUUAUUUUUACAUCAUCAUGCGUGCGUGUCUUGUACGAUUAUUACAAAAAGAUGAAGUAAAUGGUAUCAAAACAUCAGAAAUACUAUUUUCAAGUCUCCGGUUUUUGAUGACGGACUUGUAGGACUAAUUCGAAAUUCAAAAUUGGCUAGGAAAUCGAUCUAGAAGUAAACUGGUCUGAGGAAACGCCGUUGUAUGGGUUCAACGGAGUUGCUCGCUUCGGGUUACAGGCUCCUGUUGGUAGUCAAUACAUUAUAAUAAACACUUUUUUGUAGAAUAUACAUGUAAAUGGAGGUUAGUUCCCCGCGGAAAGAAAUGCUUUUGUUCUUGUCCAUCAACACGGCCGCCGUAACGUCACUUGCGACCAAGUAAUUUAUUUGAUUACUGUUUGUUUCAGACGUGUUCAUCUUUUGAGGCCAUACACCAAAGUAGAAAGCAUUCAAAUGCCGACUGCAAUAGAGCAGCGUGGAAUUCAUCUUGUUCUUCCAGUCAAGAAAAACCAAACCAAGCAACUCGAGGAAUUUCUUCAGAUGUAUCAAAAAAUCUGUCUGCAAACUGGCGAGAACGUGGUUUUGCUAACGGUGUUUGUUAAUGUUCGAGAAGGUUCCGACGAGAAUAAUGGAGAAAUAUUUGCUGAAGGGAAAGCUCUUAUUGCGCGGUAAGUCAAAUCACUUGAAGAAGUUUUUCCAAAUUUUUGAUCGUUCUCGAGAUCGUUGCGCCAUCUCCAACUGCAUACGGUCUAUAGUUUGCUCAUGUGCAGUACAGAAAAGUUGUUUUACCUUUUUAGGCUCCAUUUGUAUAUAGAAAAGUUGUUAUGGUAGAAGGUCACCUGCCCACCCGAGCUACCCUGAAUAAGCCAAUUUUUAUACUUUUCCUGAAAAGCGUGGGAACCGUUUACACGAGCUACUUACAUUCUACGUCACCAUUCUGUUAUGAUAGGGUCACCCUCCAAGCCAGGCCGACUUUUCUCUGUAUAAACACUUUGGUCAAGGCGAGACAAUCAGAGCAUGCGCACGGGCUGUUAGAGUGGUUUUCGUUUGAGUGUCGUAAAACCAAAACCAAAGUAAUUACUCUGGCCAAUCACAUAGGACACAGACAAUACAUUGAACCAAUCAAAACUCGAAGUAAUUACAUGUGGCUGACGCAAAGCGCGGGAAAAUGCAUGCGAGCGCGUCACAAUUGGCUUUGGUUUUACUUCUGAUUGGAUGAAAAGGUGGCGCGAAUCUUUUAAGCCAAUCGCAUCGUGUAGAAAGUGCAAAACCAAUUACUUUUCGACACUCAAAUGAAAACCGCUCUAUCAGUCUUGUCACGGGCGAAUGGGUCAACCUUUUUCCCAUAUGAACACGCGCUCAAGAUGACUUGGCUGGGAGGGUGACCCUUGUAUCCAGGACAAUCAUCUGUUCAUGCGCAAUUCAGGCCGCGUCCCCAAAUAUUUCGAUCAAUGAAUGAAAGAUGUUGUGGCUGUGGUGUUAGCGACCAUUUAAAAUCGUCGCUCAAAUGGAAACCAGCCUUUUUAUACGGAGCGGAAGUGUCCAAGUCAAAUAAAAUACGUCCUUUCCUUUAGAGUACUUAUACAUUCGUUUUAAUGUGCUUUGUAACCAGGUACAAACAGAAGUACACGUGGGCUCAGUUACCAUGGAUACAGAUUGGAGUGAAACAGCACUCACUUACACUACUGAUGGAUAUAGUGACCAUGAAGCUUCCGGCCAACGCCCUUAUCUUUCUAACUUCUCUCGGCGUGGAGUUCAACGUCAAUUUUCUUAACCGAUGUCGCGUGAAUGCACUCAGCGGAGAGCAGGUAAGGAACAGAAAACUCAGUUACAAUAAGAAUAGAGAGCUUUAGAUCCUGAGACAAGGACGACUACGACUACGAAAUGUUCUCAGUACUAAGUAGUGCUCACGCGUGAACCAACGUCAUUUUGGUGGGAAAACGUGAUAGCCGUCGUCAUUCUACUACGAGUAUUAGUGAGAAUGGCUUAGUAGCGGGAACAAGUUAUCAAAUUUUAGAAGUUUAAUUAUUUUGCGACCGGGAAAGGGCUAAACCUUCUCCAAUAAAAAUAACCGCCCCAAUUUUUGAGGUGAAAAAUAGUAGAAUGAAACUUUCUGGAUUGACUAUUUUUCGAGCAUAACCUAAAGCUCUCUAAUAAAGACAAGUUUAAUAAAUAAAGCAAAAAGCCUUGGUGUUGGUUAACUUCGGAAAUAUUUAGGGUACACGAAGUUUUGAGAUUACUGAGCUGCCCUCUCCCUAGUUAUAAAAUAUAAAGAGCGGGAGUUGCAGACUAGGGCUGUACAUGUAUAUUAAAAGUUUUAAAUUGCUAGUCUCAAAAAUUAGAGCUUAUUAAUCGCGAUAAUGAAAAAUUGCAUUUCUUUGUUAUCCAGGAUGAGUCUAGAAAAGUGAGCUAUUCAAUUUUUAGAGCGAGCAAUUAAAAGUUUUAUUACCACUGUCACAUCGACAGAGACUGAAGAGUUUGGAUGAAAACGUUUCCUUCUUCGACGCGACCGGGGUGUUUGGAAUUGGAACGGGUGUUGUUAAAACAAUGCUAAGGUUGAAUAAGUUUACCUGAGUGUGCCAUGAAUACCUUUGAGCUCGAUUUAGGUCUCUUGUUAGUAGAUCUCAUGUUACUGCGGCAGGAUUAGCUCAGUCGGUAGAGCGCUUGAAUGCGGAGCGGGAGGUCGCGUGUUCAAUUCAAGGUGCAUGA